AUCCCAUUGGAAAACUGUCAGCGCCUAAAAGACACCGCAAUCUGCCACCGCUACAAUGAAGCUGUGCACCCUGGCAAUUGCCCUUGUCGGCUCCCCUUUCAUCUCCGCAAACCCGCUCCCUGGACCACAGCCAGCUCCUCUUGUCGCCACAGAGUCCAAUCACGAAACGCGACACGAAUCCCCUGGCCAAGUGACCACACUGCUCCACAAGCGUAAGGCAUGUACACUCGUCCGACCUGCUCCAGGCACAAGCUCGAUCCCGUGCCGUGCUCGUCCAGGUACCGUGUAUCCCAUCGUGGCCACGCUGUCUGUGGGGUCGUCGGCGACAAUACUGUGCAAGACCUUGGGUAGUCAAUAUCAGGGCACAAGUGUCUGGGAGUUCGUCAAUCCGCCAAGCGGGCAAGACUGCUACAUCAGCGCCUUCCACGUGCGAAAUGGCUGUGAUGACUCUGUGCGAUGGUGCUGAUCGGGAUUCCGUGG